AUGUCCACCGACGUGAACGCCCUGAGCGAUGCCCUCGCGAACGCGUCCGUGGCCCCGAUGUUCGCGACGCCGGAGCCGUUAAAGGGCGCCGCCGUGGUGUAUCACAAAGACCUCGACGGCGCCGACAUCGCGCGGACGCUCGCGAAAGUGUGCGGCGUAUCGCUCACGUCGAUGAUGUGGAAGAAGUACAACGGUACGGUGAAGACGUCGCCCGCGUUGGAGUCCGGGGAGGGCGAGAGCGCGAGCGGGGCGCAAGGGAUUUUGGAUUGGGUCGCGGAGAAGGCGCGGGACGGAAACCGAGCGACGACGCACCCGGCGGGGAGUGAUCCGGCGAUGGUGGACGCUUGGACGACAUUUGAGAGGGAGGAGUUGAGAGAACCGGCGUUCACGACGAGCGGGAUGCUCGGAGGGGCGAUCGCGAUGGACGAGGGAAAGUUUGGGGAGGCGCUGGAGGCGCUGAAGCGAGCGUGCGCCAAGGUGAACGCGCGCCUGGGCGAGGCGAAGUUCUUGGGUGGGGACGCGCCGAGCAUGGCGGACGUGGUCGUCGCGGCGACUUUGUAUCCGGCGUUUGCGAAAUCGCUCGAUCCUGAGGCGCGGGACGCGAUGCCGAACGUUGUGCGGCUCAUGACGCAGAUGGCGGCGCACGAGGAUGUGAAGUCCGUCUUGGGGAAGCUUCGCAUGUGCGACAUGAUUCGUAUGCCCAAGUCGAAGGCGCCCAAGGCGUCGACGGAAAAGAAGGAGGGUGAAAAGAAGAAGACGAACGAAGCUAAGGGGGAUAAGAAAAAGGAGACGGGUCUCGGUUUGUCCACGAAGCGCGACGAAGAUUUUGGGGCGUGGUACUCGCAAGUCGUCGUUGCUGGUGAUCUCAUCGAUUACUACGACAUUUCUGGGUGCUACAUCCUUAAGCCGUGGGCGUACGCGCAGUGGGAGGUCUUGAAGGAGUUCUUUGAUAAGGAAAUCAAGGCGUUGGACGUGGAGAACUGCUACUUCCCGAUGUUCGUGUCCGCGAGUCGGUUGGAGAAAGAAAAGGAUCACAUUGAAGACUUUGCUCCCGAAGUCGCCUGGGUCACUCGAAGCGGCGAAACCGACCUCGAGGUUCCAAUCGCGGUUCGCCCGACGUCGGAGACGGUCAUGUACCCACACUACGCGCAAUGGAUUCGCUCUCAUCGAGAUCUGCCGUUGCGCCUAAACCAGUGGUGCAACGUCGUUCGUUGGGAAUUCAAGCACCCUACUCCAUUCAUUCGCUCGCGCGAGUUCUUGUGGCAGGAGGGCCACACCGCGUAUGCCACGAAGGAAGAGUGCGACGUCGAAGUUUUUCAAAUCCUUGAUCUCUACCGUCGAGUCUACGAAGAGUACUUGGCAGUUCCGGUUGUUCCGGGAAAGAAAUCUGAAAAGGAGAAAUUCGCCGGCGGUCUGUACACCACCACAGUAGAAGCGUACGUCCCGGGUUCUGGUCGAGGUGUGCAGGGUGCCACGUCGCACUGCCUGGGUCAAAACUUUUCGAAGAUGUUCAACAUCGAGUUCGAAGACACGAAGGGAGGAAAAUCGUUGGCUUGGCAAAACUCGUGGGGUUUCACGACGCGAACUUUGGGAGUAUGCUACAUGGUACACGGUGACGAUGACGGCUUGGUCCUUCCGCCCAAGGUCGCCCCUAUCCAAGCCAUCGUGAUUCCGAUCCCCAAUAGCAAGCUCUCCGAAGACGAGAAGAAGAAGAUGACUGACAUCGCCGAUGGCAUGACCAAGGCUCUUAAGGCGGCUGGCGUGCGUUCCAAGUUGGACGCCCGCGACAACUACACGCCGGGCUGGAAGUACAACCACUGGGAGCUCAAGGGUGUGCCAUUGCGCGUCGAGAUCGGCGCUCGAGACAUGGAGAACGGCACAUGCAUGAUUGCCAGGCGUGACAACCGCGAGAAGGAGUCGGUGUCGAUCGAAAACCUCCCCAAGCGCGUGCUCGAACUUUGCGAACAAGUUCAAAAGGAUAUGUUCGAGCGAGCGAAGAAGGCGCGCGAUGAGAACAUCGUCAAGCUCAUGUCCUGGGACGGCUUUGUUGAGGCUCUGGACGCCAAGAAGCUGGUCAUGACGCCGUGGUGCAAUACAAAAGAGAGCGAGAACCUCGUGAAACAGAAGUCGACCAAAGAAUCGGAAGGUGGCGCGGCGAAGACGCUUUGCAUUCCAUUCGAACAACCGGCGCUCGAACCGGGAACAAAGUGCUUCAUCACCGGCGCGCCCGCCGAAUGCUGGGUGCUCUGGGGUCGAUCGUACUAA